UCACACCAAUAUAUACGUAUACACAUUGAUAUAUCUUCUCUCUCGACCGUCCUAUAUAGUAGUGAGAAAGUUUGAAGUUUUCCGGGAAAGGAGAGGAGAAUUUUCGCGGGUUUUCUAUCUUGAUGAUGGAGAAAUAUGGUGGUUUGGGACUUGAGAUCACGGAGCUGAGGCUGGGUCUUCCUGGAAGGGAGGGGAAGGAGAAGAAUGAGAGGAAGAGGCUGUUCUCGGAGAUUGAUGAUCAUCGUCACGAGGGGGAUGGCGGCUGCGGCGGAGACGAUCAGAACAGCUCGUCAGCUGGUGGAGACCGGAAGGUGGAGGCGGCGAAGAAUAAUAAUGAGGUGGUGGUGGGGUGGCCACCGGUGUGCUCGUACAGGAGGAAGAAUGGGAUGAACAACAACGAAGGGUCAAAAAUGUAUGUGAAAGUGAGCAUGGAUGGAGCUCCGUUCUUGCGCAAAAUUGACUUGGAAAAGCUUAAGGGUUACUCUGAACUCGCUUUCGCCUUGGAAAAGCUCUUUGGUUGCUAUGGAAUCAAGGAGGCGUUGAAGAAUGGAGACAAAACCGAACACGUUCCCAUUUAUGAGGACAAAGACGGUGACUGGAUGCUCGUUGGGGAUGUCCCUUGGGAAAUGUUUAUGGAGUCGUGCAAGAGGUUGAGGAUAAUGAAGAAAUCAGAGGCAAAGGGAUUUGGGGUGACGCCAAAAGGGACUCUGAAGGGAUAUGUAGAAGGCGUCACCAACUGAUCGAUCUAUAUAUCAAAAGUUAUAUAGACAUUACAAUAUGUCAUCCAUCAAAGGAAAAUUAAGGAAAAC